GCAGGCAGCGGCUCCGACCCCGUGUUCGAGACGCUCCGCACCGGGGUCAUCAUGGCCAACCGGGAGCGCAAGAAGGGCCAGGAGGACAAGAAAAACCCGCUGGCGGCGAUGAUGGACGAGGAGCCCGAGGCCGCGAAGGCGGCGGGGAGCAAAGCUGAGGGCGCCUCCGAGGGCGACAAAAAAGCCGAGAAGAGCCCGGCGGACGACAAGAGCAAGAAGCCGCAGCCGGGGGCGUUCCUGCACUCCCAUUAUUUCGUGGCCCUUUAUCGCUUCAAAGCCCUGGAGAAGGACGACCUGGACUUCCCGCCGGGGGAGAAGAUCACGGUGGUCGACGACUCCAACGAGGAGUGGUGGCGGGGCAAAAUCGGGGAGAAAGUCGGGUUUUUCCCUCCUAAUUUCAUCAUCCGGGUGCGGGCGGGCGAGCGGGUGCACAAAGUGACGCGUUCCUUCGUUGGAAACCGGGAAAUCGGGCAAAUCACGCUCAAAAAGGAUCAGAUCGUGGUGCAGAAGGGGGAGGAGGUGAACGGAUACGUCAAAGUGUUCACGGGCCGCAAAGUGGGGCUGUUCCCCGUGGACUUCCUGGAGGAAAUCUGAGGAGGGGGCUGCGACCCCCGGCAUUGGGGAUGGGGGGGGUGGGGCUGAGACCCCC